CAGCGCGGUCCAGCAGAGAGCUAGAGAGGUGCGGUGCGGCGCGCCGAGUUGAAUUUUCUAGAUGCAAGAGAAAUCAGAACGGUGUGGAUAUUUACGAGAACUCACUGAAGCGGACCCCUGUGGCAUUGUUGGACAGUUCUACCGUCCAGAUCACAAAGGUCAGCCCUUGUAUGUGGGGUGUGUGGGAUGACAGACUGGUUAACAGAAAACACCCGAAGCUGAAGCCGGGGCUGCAAGAUUUAGCUGCUCUUUGUUUCCUUCCUGGCAGCCUGAGACCUGCCUCCUAGGCACAGUGGGCGCCAUGGACUCCCUAGGGUACAAUUGCUUUGUGGAUAAGGACAAGAUGGAUGCAUCCAUCCAGGACCUGGGGCCGAAGGAGCUGAACUGUACUGAGCUACAGGAGCUGAAGCAGUUGGCACGGCAGGGCUACUGGGCUCAGAGCCACACCCUGCGGGGGAAAGUGUACCAGCGCCUGAUCCGGGACAUCCCCUGCCGCACAGUCACACCUGAUGCCAGUGUUUACAGUGAUAUUGUGGGGAAGAUUGUGGGCAAGCACAGCAGCAGUAGCCUGCCCUUGCCUGAGUUUGUAGACAACACCCAGGUGCCCACCUACUGCCUGAACACACGGGGUGAAGGGGCUGUGCGCAAGAUCCUCCUGUGUAUUGCCAACCAGUUCCCCGACAUCUCCUUCUGCCCUGCCCUGCCUGCAGUGGUGGCCUUGCUACUGCACUACAGCAUUGACGAAGCUGAGUGUUUUGAAAAAGCCUGCCGCAUCUUAUCCUGCAAUGACCCCAGCAAGAAGCUCAUUGACCAGAGUUUCCUGGCCUUUGAGUCUUCAUGUAUGACAUUUGGGGACCUGGUGAACAAGUACUGCCAGGCAGCCCACAAACUGAUGGUAGCUGUGUCAGAGGACGUCCUGCAGGUCUACUCUGACUGGCAGCGAUGGCUCUUUGGGGAGCUGCCCCUUAACUACUUCGCCCGUGUUUUUGAUGUCUUCCUUGUAGAAGGCUACAAAGUAUUGUACCGAGUUGCUCUGGCCAUCCUCAAGUUCUUCCACAAGGUCAGAGCAGGACAGCCCCUGGAAUCAGACAAUGUAAAGCAAGACAUCCGGAUGUUUGUCAAGGACAUUGCCAAGACAGUGUCCCCUGAGAAACUACUAGAGAAGGCCUUUGCCAUCCGCCUGUUUUCCCGCAAGGAGAUCCAGCUCUUGCAAAUGGCCAAUGAGAAAGCACUGAGGCAGAAGGGUAUUACUGUCAAACAGAAGAGGCAGUUUGUACACUUGGCUGUCCACGCAGAGAACUUCCACUCCGAGAUUGUCAGUGUGAAGGAGAUGAGAGACAUCUGGUCCUGGAUCCCCGAGCGCUUUGCCCUCUGCCAACCCCUCCUGCUCUUCUCAUCACUGCAGCAUGGGUACAGCCUAACCAGGUUCUAUUUCCAGUGUGAAGGACAUGAGCCCACCCUCCUGCUCAUCAAGACCACUCAAAAGGAGGUUUGUGGGGCUUACCUGUCAACAGACUGGAGCGAGAGAAAUAAGUUCGGAGGCAAGCUGGGCUUCUUUGGGACUGGAGAAUGCUUUGUUUUUAGGCUGCAGCCGGAGGUGCAGCGCUAUGAGUGGGUGGUCAUCAAACACCCAGAGCUGACCAAGGCAGCAUCCUUCAAGUCCUCAGAGGCUGCGGCCAGUCCUUCCCUCAUCAGCCACAGCUCUUCAGACCCUGCGGAUCGGCUCUCCCCUUUCCUGGCUGCCCGGCACUUCAACCUGCCCUCCAAGACUGAGUCCAUGUUCAUGGCUGGGGGCAAUGACUGCCUCAUCAUUGGGGGAGGAGGUGGCCAAGCACUCUACGUUGAUGGGGAUCUGAACCGAGGGCGCACUGGACACUGCGACACUUUCAACAACCAGCCCCUCUGCUCGGAGAACUUCCUCAUCGCUGCUGUGGAGGCCUGGGGCUUCCAAGACCCUGAUACCCAGUGACGGGCCUGCGUUGAUGAGCCUGAAGCUCUUGCUGCGCCUCACUGCGACUCCACACCUGAAGGUGGCCUCUGGAGAGACUUUCUUUGACCAACUUGCCAGUCAGUUCCAUUUCCAGGGUUCUUCUCAGAGCCAACUAGACUCAGUGAGGCCUUUGCCUCUUGUCCCUGUGGCCUCCUUGAAGUUCUGUGGUCUUGGUGACUCUUGUGCUUCCUUUCCCUUGUCACAGUGACUGAGGCCCACCUAGCAUGGCAUGCUUGUCCCUGUCCAGCGUUCUGCCUUCUCCCCAGGCCCUGUGCUCCCCUGGACCUGCUCACACAGUGUCUGACACACUGUGUGACCUGAUCCCUCAGCUCGCACUAUGGCUGACCAUGUACCAUAUCUUCUGUGAGCUACGCAUUAAGGCCUUCAGGUCUGGAUGUCUGUGCUUCCUGAGCCCUGUCCUAGCCUGAGACACAGUAGAUGCAAGGGAGGCACUGCCUCUGAGGACCAUAGCAAGCGCCAUUUCCCCAUGACCUCCCUCGCACCCUGUGACCUCCCUCAGCUGGUCCUGAGGGUCUAGGCACCACAGAGAAAGAGAGAAGAAACAGUGGCCCAAAUGGGUGUGCUGGGACCAUAGAAGUCUGGAUCAUAAGGACAGGCGCCUAGUUCCCACAUGACUGUCCUGUGUGCCUGAGAGUCAGCAUGUGUCAGGCCAGCGCUCAUUUCCACGCUGAGACUCACUUCUGCCGGGGAAGGUUCAUUCUUCCCUGUUCCAUUGACCCACAUCCGCUCUCGGCAGGGCCACAGCAGCAGAGGAAGCAGGGCGGGAAGGAGCUUCAUGUAACCUGGGCUACCUGGUAAACGCACCUAGAACUUUGGACUCUGCACAGUGGACCUGUACCCCCACUAUGCUGGCUUCCAGGAUGGCUGGCAUGACUCUAUAGAGGGAAGAGGAACCGCUGUUGCUCACCUUCACACAAGGUUGUAAGCCUUGACACCCAUGUCCCUGAGCCCACUGCCCAGACCUAUACCUUCAACUCUGGUGUGCAUUUAACACCAUCUUGAUCUUU